GUCAGUAGCUAAGAAAGCAUCAAAGCAAAGACACGUGAUAUUAUACACUGACAUAGUGAAGAAGAUUUGAGAAGUUAUAUCGAGUGAUAAAAACCUUGUUGACUGAUACAAGAAGAACACUGAAACUUGUUAAAGUAAUUCGUUAUUAAUUAGGAGGAAAACACUUAUAAGAAUAGAUAAUAACAAGAAUCAACAUAAAAUGGGCGAUCAAAAAGAUGACGCAAAUGUUGGCACAUUAACUGCGCAAGAUGAAGUGGUGAAAAGAGCACCAAAAAGACCGGCAUCGCCCGUUACAGAGACUCCACCACCGCAACCGAAACGUAAAGCACUCUCAUUCAGCGUUGAUUCCAUCAUGGGGAACGUCACUCGAAGCACGGACGACGAAGCAUCUGAUGUAUCCGACGACGAAUCCCGCACUCCCAGCCCGGUGGCGACCCAAAGAAGUCCGUUCAGCGUUAAAUCAAUAAUCGGCAGUCAGCAACCCCUGGGUGUGUGUACGUCGCUGGGCCUUCCUAUUCCCCCACCCGCUCACAGCCUUCCACACGACCGACUCAGCCCGUAUACGUGCAAACCUAUCCCACAGUAUAACCCACAAAAUGGCUUGUCACCGACAUCGCGAAUCUCUCCACCAAUCAAUAGAUGCCUCUUACGCAAACACAAACCCAACAGGAAGCCAAGGACGCCUUUCACAACAUCCCAGCUUCUAGCACUGGAAAAGAAAUAUCAACAGAAACAAUACCUAUCCAUUGCGGAACGCGCAGAAUUUGCUUCGUCCUUGAACUUGACUGAGACCCAGAUUAAGAUUUGGUUCCAGAACCGAAGAGCAAAGGCAAAAAGGCUACAGGAAGCCGAACUUGAGAAAUUGAGGAUGGCCGCAAGGACAAUGAUUCCCCAGGUGGGACACGUUACUCCUAUUUCGCAUCCUGGAGCUGGGGUAUUGGGGAAUCAUAACAUUAAUAGAAUGCCAACCUCCAUUAUUACCCCUUAUGGAUUUUACUCUGUUCCAACAGCCUACGGAGCGCCACCUCGGCCAUUUGUAUUUUCUCAUUAACGGUUGUAAUUAUGGUUAUAUCAUAGUACAUGUGUCAUUCAGAGAUAAGCAAACGCCAUUAUGAUAUAACAAUGGAUGUCUAGUCUAUUUUUAGUCAAAAGCACAACACUACAUCAAGUAUCAUUUUACCCGACAUAUUGUAAAGCAAGCAAACAUAUCAAUACCAUUUAGAUUCAUAUCAUUCAAAUACAUAUUCAGUAUUGAAGUACAUAUUGUACCAAACUUUGUACUUUGAAAUAGUCCUACAAAUCGAAAUCGCAAAUCAAAAAGUAUGUAAAUAUAGCAUAAAUAUGUAUAUAAUUGAUACAUUAUUAUUAAUAAUAAAAAUAUUAUUAUUG